GGAAAGAGUGCAGUCCUCGGGGAAAGAGGGCUUAGUUUUGCAUGUUCCCAUCCAGCGUGCGCCACGCCGCCGCCACCUCCACGCCAACGGGGCCCCUCUUCUCCUCCGCCAGCGCCGACACUUCCACAUCUCGCGUGUAGCGUGGAACACCUUUCCACUGGCGAGCAGUGUUUGGAGUGCUUUUUCUUGAGUGGGGCUUUCUCUUUUUUUUCGUCAACUCCUGAAGGUUUUGGACGCCGGUGCUUCGGGGAUGUGUCCACUUUGAGAGCAGCAUCACCCACGAACACAUUCAUUUUUAUUCCUCCACGCAAAGAAAAAAAAGAAAAACAAUAAUAUCGCAUUUUUUUUACGCUCGCGUGUGUGUGGAUAUCUCUCUUAACCCACUCGAGCACUUUUGAGAAUUGUUCACAGCGGACGGAGAGAAGAGGGAGAGCGGACCUGUGUGGACUUUUGGACGGAUAAGCCAACACGCGUGGCGUGGACCCUUAUUCCCCCAACUCCCACCACCGCCACCUAUAUUUUUUAUUAUUUUAUUUUUUAUAAUCUUUCCCACCUCACGCAGGAGGCUCCAUGUUUGGGAUUCAGGAGACGAUACCGCGGGGCGGCACGACCAUGAAGGAGGAACCGCUCGGCGGUCUCAACUCGGUGCGCUCAUGGAUGCACACGGCCGGGGUCGUGGACGCCAACACAGCCGCGCAAAGUGGAGUCGGCCUGGCCCGGGCGCACUACGAGAAGCAGCCCCCGUCCAACCUCAGGAAGUCCAAUUUCUUCCACUUCGUGCUCGCCUUGUACGACAGGCAGGGGCAGCCAGUGGAAAUCGAGAGGACGGCUUUUGUCGACUUUGUGGAGAAGGAAAAAGAGCCAACCAGUGAAAAAACCAACAAUGGGAUACAUUACAAACUACAGUUAUUGUACAGUAACGGUGUCAGAACAGAACAGGAUCUUUACAUUCGGCUAAUUGAUUCCAUGACGAAACAGGCCAUAAUUUACGAGGGCCAAGACAAGAAUCCGGAAAUGUGCAGAGUUCUUCUGACCCACGAAAUCAUGUGCAGCCGAUGCUGCGACAAGAAAAGCUGCGGGAACAGAAACGAGACCCCGUCAGACCCGGUGAUCAUCGACAGAUUCUUCCUUAAAUUCUUCCUCAAGUGCAACCAGAACUGUCUGAAGAAUGCCGGGAACCCACGAGAUAUGCGCAGAUUCCAGGUUGUCGUAUCGACGACCGUCAACGUGGACGGCCACGUACUGGCCGUCUCUGACAACAUGUUCGUACACAACAAUUCCAAGCAUGGGCGAAGGGCUCGCAGACUCGACCCUUCAGAAGGUACGCCUCCUUAUCUGGAGAAUGCAGCCACCCCGUGCAUCAAGGCUAUCAGCCCCAGCGAGGGAUGGACCACUGGAGGAGCCACCGUCAUCAUCAUAGGGGACAACUUCUUUGACGGCCUACAGGUGGUCUUCGGCACCAUGCUCGUAUGGAGUGAGCUGAUAACUCCCCACGCUAUCCGCGUCCAGACACCACCUCGGCACAUCCCCGGCGUGGUGGAAGUCACGCUGUCCUACAAGUCCAAGCAGUUCUGCAAAGGUGCCCCUGGGAGAUUUGUGUACACUGCCCUCAACGAGCCCACCAUCGACUACGGUUUCCAGAGGCUGCAGAAGGUCAUCCCCAGACACCCCGGCGACCCCGAAAGGUUACCCAAGGAGGUGUUACUGAAGCGGGCGGCUGACCUCGUCGAGGCCCUGUACGGGAUGCCCCACAACAAUCAGGAGAUCAUUCUGAAGAGGGCAGCUGACAUCGCCGAGGCCCUGUACAGCGUUCCCCGCAACCACAACCAGAUCCCCUCUCUCGCCAACACAGCCUCCCACGGCAUGAUGGGAGUUAACUCCUUCAGCAGCCAGCUCGCAGUCAACGUGUCUGAGUCACAAGGGAACGACCAAGUGGGUUACAGCCGGAACACCAGCAGCGUGUCCCCCCGGGGCUACAUCUCCAGCAGCACCCCGCAACAGUCGAGCUACAACACCGUCAGCAACAGCAUGAACGGCUACGGCAAUGCUGGCAUGAACCUGGGCGUGCCAAGCUCCCCGGGGUUCCUCAACGGAUCCUCUGCCAACUCCCCAUAUGGAAUUAAACAAAAGAGCGCCUUCGCCCCCGUGGUCCGACCCCAGGCCUCCCCACCCCCCUCCUGCACCAGCGCCAACGGCAACGGACUGCAAGGUGAGCCCCCCUCACCCCCUCAUCCUUUCCCUACGGACUACUGGUCAGAUACUGCUGCUCAGGCCUCUGUCCGGUUUGCCAUGUCCGGCCUCGUCGUCCCACCAAUGUAAAUGCACUUUCGUCAUCUCAAGCACCAGUCUACCACUUUCACAGGACACGCCCCCCCAACCCGCCCCUUGGGCACACAACAGCAAAAAAAAAAAAAAAAAAAAAAAUAGGCGCUCGUGCCAUGUAUAGUCGACUGCUUGUUCCGAAUCUUUACGAAAUGACUU